AUGGCAAAAGAAACAUAUCCUAAAGGGCCCAUGAAGACUUACACAGACGCAAACACACAGAAGAAGGAUCCCAGCCGACAGUGCACUGAGGAUGUAGCACCAAAUAAACGGGAGGACUGCUGUCGUCCGCUUUCUUCUUGGUGUUGUGGGACAAGUGACGGCCGGAACAAGGCCAAUCCAGCUACAGGCAAACAGCAACGCUGCUCUUUUUUGGUUUUCCUGAAUUAA